CUCCCACCGUCUGAAGAGUGACACGCCAUUCAAUCCUCUGCCCGACACCGAGAGGAAGCACCGAGUCUCUGCACACAGGAGAACCAUUAAUAACACAAACAAGAUUGAACAGAAAGCAGCUGCGAGGAGAAGGAGAAACAGAAGAGGAGGAGGAGGAAACACCGAGUCCUGUCGACAUGGGGAUCCGAAAGAAGACCACCAAGACCCCGCCGGUUCUGAGCCAUGAGUUUGUGAUCCAGAACCAUGCAGACAUUGUUUCCUGUGUUGCUAUGGUGUUCCUGCUGGGGCUGAUGUUCGAGGUCACCUCGAAGUUUGCCGUGCUCUUCAUCACCGUGCAGUACAACGUCACCAUCUCAACCAGCGGUCCAGAGGAGACGCCGGUGAACCACUUCCACCACGGCAUCAAAGACCUGGCCACCACCUUCUUCUACAUGCUGGUGGCCAUGAUCAUGCACGCCAUCAUCCAGGAGUACGUGCUCGAUAAAAUCAACAGGAAGAAGCACUUCUCCAAAACGAAGCACAGCAAAUUCAACGAGUCGGGGCAGCUCAGCGCUUUCUACCUGUUCUCCUCCGGCUGGGGGGCGAGCAUCCUGAUGUCUGAGAACCUGCUGUCCAACCCUGUGUCUCUGUGGGAGGGGUACCCACACACACUCAUGCCAUUCCAGAUGAAAUUCUACUUCAUUUGUCAGCUGGGCUACUGGCUGCACGCUCUGCCUGAACUCUACUUCCAGAAGACAAAGAAGGAGGAUAUUCCUCGGCAGCUCGUCUACAUUUUCCUCUACCUCGUCCACAUCGCCGGCGCCUACAUCCUCAAUCUGAACCGCCUGGCUCUGGUUCUGCUGGUUCUUCACUACGUCGUCGAGCUUCUGUUCCACAUGUCCCGCCUCGUUUACUUCAGCAACGAGACGCGUCAGUCUGGCUUCACGCUCUGGGCGGUUCUGUUCGUUCUGUGUCGGCUGCUCACUCUCUCUCUCUCCGUCCUCACCGUGGGAUUCGGACUCGCAACCUCGGAGAACCAGGGCUUCGAUCUGUCUGCAGGAAACUUUAACGUCAUCUUUGUUCGGAUCACCGUCCUGGCGGCCAUUUGCCUGACGCAGGCCUUCAUGAUGUGGAAAUUUAUCAACUUCCAGCUGAGGAGGUGGAGAGAACACGGCCUGACGCAGAACCUGAAGAAGAAGCAGGUUCCCGCCAAGAGCAAAUCGAAGAAGGACAAAGCCAACGGAGUAAACGGAGUGAACUCCGACGGAGCGGAUUCACCGAGAGCGAAGAAGGAGAAGGCGUCAUAAAUUCAUUCAUUCACCCCCCCGCAAAUCCCCCACAAUGCAUUUCCAGCGUGCCGUUAUUUCAGGUGUCGCCGCUCUGCUGUGCCAUUUCAUAUGAAAACAAAUUCUGAGCUUAUUUAAGAAGUGCCUAUUGAGACAGAGUGUUUUGUACAGGGUGUGUAAUUUUAAAAAUUCAGGAAUGAUGUGUUAAAUGUCCCCCCCCCCCCCCCCCCAUAUCAUUUCAUGCUUAAUAGUCCAAAAGAAAGUGCAUUCAGCCUGUGAUUUAUCCCACUUCAUCUUAUAUUUAUACCCGCAAGCCAAGCGCCUCUGUAAACAUUGUUUAGUUGAUGAAUUUCUAAAUAACAACCUUUUCCACAAGUGAAGGUUACACACCGUCUGUUUACACCGCAGACUCUCAGAAAAGACCGUUUUUUAACAUGUCAGUGGCCAAAGUCAUGGGAAAUAAAGUAUUGAGAAGAAUAUUUAAAAGACAUUCCCGCUGUUAUAAUCACAUUCACAGUUCAGUAUUUCUGCAAAGUACCCUGAUGUAGCAUUGACUUUUUGCAGCUUUAAGAUAAUCCCUUACCAUUAAAUGACACUGUCGAUACACGAGCACACUUUCUGGUUUAUUUGUGAGUGAUUUAACAUUUUAUUGUUUAAAUUCGGGCAUUACCACCCCUUUAGUGUUGAUUUGUAUGGUUCUUGCUGUCUAAAUGGAUUUCCUGUUUAUCAUGUGUCUUCUGGCCUUAUUGCUUUUCUUUUACCACGUUUAGCUCCUUUCCCCCCCCGCUGUAGACCGUGCCAAAUGAGCCGGAUUGGCGUAUGAUGUAUGCCGUUCACUCUCACUUGCCAUAACAUAAAUCAUGAUGGUAACACUGGUUUAUUUCUCCAGAAUAAACCCAUUACCUAAUUGUGAGUCCACUUCAGCAGUGCUUUUAUCAACUGGUCCUGAUGGUUUGUCUAUCAUACAGAGGAAUAAAAUGUUUUAUUGAAUAAAGAA